AUGGCAUCUCCCUCUAGACAGGACCCCCUCGGGGGGUCAGGGCUGCUUCAAGGGAGCCGGGCUCGUUCGUACGGAAGCCUGGUGCAGUCUACCUGCUCCCCGGUGAGGGAGAGGCGCCUGGAGCAUCAGCUGGCGCCCGGAGACACCCUGGCUGGACUAGCACUCAAAUACGGGGUGACGAUGGAACAGAUUAAACGUGCAAACCGCCUUUAUACUAAUGACUCCAUCUUCCUGAAGAAAACCCUCUACAUCCCCAUCCUGACAGAGCCCAGAGACCUGUUCAAUGGUUUGGAUUCUGAGGAAGAGAAAGAUGGAGAGGAAGAGAUGCAGCCAAGUAAGGCUGAAGUUCGGCCACACUCAGCUGAGAGGAAGAAACAGGAAGCAGGUUCAGGACGGGCCAAUGGCGAAGUCCUUUCCACACCUGGCCAAGAACCCCCCAUGCCCACCCAUGACCUCUCUGCCUCUGACUUCCUGAAGAAGCUCGACUCACAGAUCAGCCUGUCAAAGAAGGCUGCUGCCCAGAAGCUGAGAAAAGGGGAAAGUGGGGUACCUGGGGAGGAGUCAGGCCAUCACCGCAGCUCCCCUCGGAUGCAGCAACGAGCAGUCCUAGGUCCCGUGCCACUGACCCGGACCUCUCGAAUCCAGACUCUUCGGGACCAGGAGGAUGAAAUCUUCAAACUCUGA